CCGGUCGACGCGUGACGUCAUUGCAGUGCUGUGUUCCUUUACUUGCACACGCUGUGCAGCAAUAUAUUAGAAAGUAGCGAAAAUAUAGCAGGUAUUCGAUCAACGUUUAGUAACCCGAUACGUUUGUACAGUGAGUGGAAACGGUGCCAUUUUUAUAGACGUCAAUAUAAUUAUCCCAGCAGACAGGUAACGUACGUGCAUGCGAAAAUGAUGCAACCUUAGUUGUACCGAUAAGAAGGCACAUGUGGAGCCUAAGGCGUAAGCAACCAAAUUGCCCGCAUCAUGAGAACGUCGGGAAAAUUAGAAUUUAAGAUUGUUAUGGUUAGCAUUCGACGAAUAACUGAAUUUUCUGUGCAAAAGUAAGGUUAAGUCACCGUGUGCCAGUUGCGUGUAGUUCGAGAAUUCGGUGCUACGUGUCAGCACCGUACGGUACAUCCAUGUUUGGAAGCUCCCCCGAUAAGCCGAAAUCGAUACUAAAUUUACGCGGACUAUUUCGAAUCUGUGAACACACGUUCUUCGCACAAGAGAUUAAUAGAAUCCAUUCUCUUAUCGGACAUAGUAGUUAAAAAUGAGAAUAGAAACGCGGUUAUGGAAGGCGUACGAAAAAUCGAGGAGCAUCGCGAAAAUAAAGAGGUGGAUCCUGCGAUGCGAAAUCGGCUUUUGAGUAGCAUCGGGCGGGUCUCUUCUCUCCCAUUAUCGUAAUUUGCAAAUUUUCUGGGGACCGCGAUGGGGAGGUGCGCGAUUUCGAGUUAAACCGUUGCAAUGUUGGGGACCGGAUAGUUUGGGGAUAGACGGAGGAAGAGGAAAAGGAAGAAGAAGGUCAGAUGGUUAGGAAGAGAAACGGUAAAGAAAAGGGAAUAAGGAGGGAGGUUGAAAGAGGCGAAAGAGGAAGAAGAGUCGCAAAGUCGGUGGCGGAUUGGCGGCCUGAGGCGCGGUUGCAGAUUCUCGGCGUGAUGCCGGUGAUUCGCGGCUUUGGUGCCCAGUAAUCGUCGGUCCCCUUACUCAACGUAUUCCUCCUCCCUCGCAUCUUUGCUCGGUGAAUCCACCUCAUCCCUUCUCUUCGUCCUUUCGAACUCGCUCCACCGCGCUUUUCUUCGCCUUCCUUGGGCCUCCCUUUGCCUCCCGUAGGCGUCUCGUAGCUCCAUCGGUCCUUUGAUAUGGCGCGGCCCGUUGUACACCGAAGAACGAGGAGGAAAAAGGGGAGGCAAUCUCGCGGUAAAUACAGCAAUCGCUUGAUGUGCCGUCCGCAUUAAUAUAAUUAGUCACCCCGAGCGCUCGAGAAGCCGACUCGGCUCGAUUCGAUUCAACUUGACUCGACUUGACUCGACUCGAUUCGACUUGACUCGACGCGGGACUCGACUUGAAUCGACUCGAGUCGAUUCCGUUCGAAACAUCGCGGAGCCGGGGGCAGUGCACGUACAGGUGAAGCAUGGUGGACUUUCAAGAACCGAAGGGGUUGGAGGAACGAAGGCGUGGUCGAUCCAUGUUGGAUCAUUUUCAUUUCUAUCCAUGCAAACUGAUAUUCCACCCCUUUCCUCUUUUCGUAAAUGCAUUCGUUUUUUCGUGCCGCGUUAGUUCGUAUACCGUAGACAGGGCGAAUCAGUACCUCUGGGCAUCACCGACCAAUAAUGCCGCGUCCAUUUAUCGACGAAUGGCGCCAAAAAAGAUCGAGGAGCCCGAACGGAAACCUCUUAUUGGCCGUGUGGGUACCAAUUUGAAAGUUGGUAUAGUAGGCAUACCGAACGUAGGAAAAUCAACCUUCUUCAAUGUUCUCACCAAAAGCCAGGCGGCUGCGGAGAAUUUCCCUUUCUGUACCAUCGAUCCGAAUGAAAGUCGCGUACCAGUGCCCGACCCGAGGUUCGAUUAUUUGUGCGAAUAUUUCAAACCAGCCAGCAAAGUUCCGGCGUUCUUGAACGUGGUGGACAUCGCCGGAUUGGUAAAAGGCGCCGCCGAGGGACAGGGAUUGGGAAACAGUUUUCUUUCGCACAUCAACGCUUGCGACGGCAUUUUUCACCUUUGUCGCGCGUUCGACGACGACGACGUUACCCACGUAGAAGGAGACGUGAACCCUGUAAGGGAUCUUGAGAUUAUCAGCGAGGAACUGCGACUGAAGGAUAUCGAGUUUUUGAAUGGUCACCUGGAAAAACUCGAAAAGCUCGUGGUCCGAGGGAACGACAAGAAACUGAAACCGGAAUACGACACGUUGUUGAAAGUGAAAGGUGUAAUGGUGGAUGAGAAGAGGCAUAUUAGGUUCGCUGAUUGGAGUGCCACCGAUAUCGAAGUUCUCAACAAAUAUUUAUUCCUCACGUCGAAACCAGUUAUUUAUCUAGUUAACCUGUCGGAGAAGGAUUACAUACGUAAGAAGAAUAAAUGGUUAAUCAAAAUAAAGGAAUGGGUCGAUAAGAACGACCCCGGUGCCGUUUUAAUCCCGUUCAGCGGAGCUUUCGAAAAUAAACUCCUCGAUAUGGACGAAGUAGAGCGUGCAAAAUAUCUCGAAGAAAAUAAGGUUACCAGCGCCCUCGACAAAAUUAUCGUUCAGGGAUACAAGGCACUGCAACUGCAAUACUUCUUCACGGCGGGACACGACGAAGUCAAAGCGUGGACGAUUCAGAAAGGUACAAAAGCACCGCAAGCUGCGGGAAAGAUCCACACGGACUUCGAAAAAGGGUUCAUUAUGGCCGAAGUGAUGAAGUAUGACGAUUUUAAGAACGAAGGAUCAGAAGCAGGGGUGAAGGCUGCUGGGAAGUACAGACAGCAAGGACGCAAUUACGUGGUCGAGGAUGGAGACAUAAUUUUCUUCAAGUUUAACGCUGGUGCAGGGUUAAAGGACGCGAAGAAAAAGUGAUGGCACGCGUUACUCGUGUUGUUACUUGUCCAUUUGUACAUCAACAUGAUCCUGAUGUUUUGUUGCACACGAGACUCGCGUAUGAAACGAUCCAACUCGCUUUCGAAUACCCCUUGACUUCUUUCCGCGUUAUUUCCGAUUAACCAUCGCCGAUAACGGUAACGAACACCUGUAUAGCGAAGCAAGUAUUUUUAUAUGUUUUAUUACACAAUAAAUAUACCAAACUUUUCCUUUUCACGAUUAAGAAUGAGUUGUCGCCUUCUAUUGUAUCGACGCUAGUAACUAUUUUUGGAGCAGUUAUUGCAACCUUGGUGUGGACUAUUAAAUUUCGAUACUAUUAACAUGUAAAUAAAUGGCUUCGUCAUAUUUUGCUUGUGUGACUUUUAAUAGCAAGGAAGUACGUCGAAAGAAGGAUAUUAUUUGAAUGUUUUUUUUGUAUAUUGACAUAUUUAUUCUAAAUAAAUAUAUUUCUUUUAAAAGGAA